AUGCCACGUGCAUGCCCCCAGCCUCGAUCUGUAGACUAUGGGAUGAAGCUAUCAUCUCUGAUGUCUGCACCCAAGAUUAACGAUGUUCCUAUCAUGGAUGUACUCACUGAAAGGGAACUCGAUGGUUUAAUUGUACAGGAACCUGAUCCUGUCAAUAAUGGGCACCUCAGUCAUGUACUUUCCUUGAUAUUCAAAAACUUUAGCACUACAAUUCCCCUUGCAAACUCGCUUACUGUUUCUUUAAAUAAAAUACCCCUCUACUUUCGUAAUCCCAGGAUCAAUCAAAAGUUCACCAACAAGGGCGAAACCGAGUCAGUGUCACUGUACGAUACUGUGAAUCACUGUUGGAACUGGGCGCUUCCGACACAUGAGCGGCGUGCUAGCAAGUCACCUGACAAAAGUGGGCAGGAUCUCAGAGAGGAUGCAGAGGACGAGGAAGAAGAAGACAAAGGGGAUGACAACGAGGAUGUAGCAGUCGACAUAGAUGACGACUCACUGGCAGACCUCGGCAAGAACUCGCCUGAUGUUGGCACAGCGCUGGCUGGACCAAUGCCAUCAUCAAACAAUGAUGAGACAAACUUCGCAGGGUUCUUCAAUGCUGUUGCCGUUGCCCUCGCUGCAGCAAAUGAAAAACUCACCCAUUUCAAUCCCAGUGGAGUGGUACACACAUGGAGCAGUGCGAACUCCACGCGCCCAGUCAAAGAUGACGAAAUCAAGCGCAAACCUGACCUGGCCUUACUAGAUGAUGUGGAGGCUAGGUGGGAUACGAUCAAGGCGACACUUCAGCCUGGCCAGCUCCAACAAUCUUCCACCUUCACUCACCCUACCACCGGAGCCACCAAACACGAUCCUAACCAACAGAAUGAGAACAUGCCUACCAUCCUUGAGAGUGUGCCAAUGGAAAGCGCAGAUGAUCCCAUAUCAGAGGGUCCUGAGCCAUUGGUUCUGUCCAAAGAAGAUUUCCCGCCUGACACUCUUGAAGAUCCUAAAGACCCUCCCCUUGAAGAACUCCUCCUCCAUGAAGGUCUCCCUAUGCUCCUUCCUGUAGAUCCCCUCCUCGCACCUCUUCCAGAGCUGAAAUAA